UGGAUUUUCAAAGUGCGCCCUUCAAAGUUCAAGUUGGUGCCAGACUGAGACAGCGGACCAAGUAAGGCUGUGGGUUCUCUCUGCCCUCUUGGAAGUUGGAGAAGGAGGUGGCGGCCGUACCAGUCGCAUGCACCUUUCUUGGAGUUCACAAAAAGGGAACGUCGGUGCUGUUGGCAGGUGCUGGAUUCGGCUCACCAUCUGACAGCCUACUAGUCCAGUGGGGGCCGCAGACAAAAACGCAAGGAAGUUGAAACCCAGUUGUUCCACUGUACCGAUUCCAUAGGUGCCUCCCAGUCUGCGGCUCUGUUCCUGAUACUCUUACUAUUGUAGGCUGGUUACAUUCUAGGGUUUGCAAAUCAGGUCAGCUUUUUACGUCGUGGCAAGCCACUCCAUCUGUGACCGUUAGUAUCGAAAGGGUCGGAACGUCUCUGGCUCCAGUGAAUUGAAGCGAUCUUAGAUCAGUGCGCUAUGGCGAGCAAAGUGAGCCGCGAAGCCAUCGGCAUGAUGCGAGCAAUCUUGGGCGAGGGCCCCUCAGAAGCCGAGCUCAUCCGCUGCCUUUACAUGGCCCGCUCUGAUGUCGCCCUCGCAAUCAACCACUACAUGGAUUCAGCGAGCACUUCAUACGCACGAGUGCCCCCCCCUCGGAGGACGUCUGGGCCCCCCCCAGCUGAAGAAGCCAAAGCGGAUCCCCCUAGAACAGGAGAGCAGGACGAGAGAGCGCAAAUUGGGGGUAAUGCAGAAGGGCAGACGGAAGUCUAUCCUGAGACCCCAGGGAGGGGUGUAGUCGAUGGUGAAAUGGAGAGGGAGGAGUGGGGAGGCGGAGAAGGCGAAGAAUUGGAUGGGAAUUUGGGAUCUGGUCCGCUCUCUUCCUCCCAUCCAGAAGCAAACGCUCGUGCUCAAAGAUUGUCAGGAGACACGGACCACUCCAUUCCCGAUCCUGCCGCUGGGCAAGCGCUUCCCGCUGGGGAACCUUUCAGAGAGCCGGCUGAGGUCAGAAUGCCCGUCGUUGACAUAAGCCAACACAGGCCCCGACUGCCGAGCAAACCGGCACACCCGGGGGGGAGUGUUCGGACGCCGAUCGAUGUGGGCCCUGACACCGAGCUUCCAGCGCCCUUCUUAGCGCGCGCUAAGAAGCAGAACCAGCGCCGGGGUGGGUCCGGCGAAUGGUGGCUUCUACGGGAAACGCAGGUUGUCGGGUACUCCACAACAAAGGGACGUAAGCUCGGGCCGGGGGACGAGGUCACUUUCGCAUUUCCCAAGCAGGGAGGGAGCAAGGCGGAGAAGAAGAAGCUUCCGUUCCGGGGGGGUAAACCUGCUGGCCAGAGCAUGGAGAUCGUCAGGUUCUCGACCAGUAGGGCCGGUGAGGUGGGGCGUCUGCCGGGGGACUUAGCGAAGUGUCUGAUUCCGCUAGUGGGGGAGGGGAAGGUGAAAGUGGAGGGGCAGUGCAUCGCGGCGCCCGACGCGCUGACUAUGAUGUGCAACGUGGACUUGUCUAUAAGAAUCUAUGUCAGCCGCUCCCUCUUCACCAAGCCCGGCACUGGUCCCUCGGCAAACGCCAACUCCGCCCUCUCAGAGACGACCACCGGCCACCCGUUCUCCUCCCUCCUCGAGCAGCUCGACAUGCGCCCGUUCCAGAGGGCCCAAUUCACACCAGAGGAUUUUUUCACCCGGAAGAGGGCACUUGCCCUGGAAGGCGACGGGAACGAGAAUAGGCCCAAGAGGGCCUGUGUGGCGGGUCAAACGGCGGUGCCGGUCCUAAACGGAGCGGAGGCGGGGACAGAGGAAGCGGAGGUGGUUUUGGACGAUAAGGAAGUGGACCGCUUGGUGGGCAGCUCGGAUAUGGAGGGACUAGAGGAGAUGGAGCCCGCCCCCGAGAUGCUCUCCAAGCUGCGGGCGUAUCAGAAGCAAGCCCUCUGGUGGAUGUCGAACCUCGAGUCCGGGGACGGCUUAGAAGAUGCGGAGAAGACGCUCCACCCGUGCUGGGAGGCUUAUAAGUUAUCGGACCGGCGGACGCCGUUUUACCAUAACGUGUUCAGCGGAGAGGUCACGCUCGACUUCCCGAGCGCGCUGACGACUGCGAGGGGAGGAAUCUUGGCGGAUGCGAUGGGGCUUGGGAAAACGGUGAUGACGAUAUCGUUGAUCGUGACGAACCGUGGCAGGGGGGGAGACACCCUCACCGACGCCGCCCGGCCUGCCGGGGACGCCUUCGGGGGGGCAAACGAAGCAGGCGGGGCCUCUCCCCUGCACGACGAAAAUCUCGAGGGGGGCACUGACGCAGCCAGGUUGCAGAGCCACCAGCAGGCGGGGCCACUGAGUCCUCCCCCCCUGGAGAGCACGAAAGUCCACCCCCUGGAAAGCAGAAGAAAACGAGCGCGGCGAGGAGGGGGCACGCUGAUCGUCUGCCCGAUGACGCUGCUCUCGCAGUGGAAGGCCGAGGUCGAGGCCCACGUGGCGCCCCGGGCGCUCUCAGUGUACUGCUACUACGGCACCGACCGCGCGCGCGAGCGGCGGGUGCUGACGUCAGCGGACGUCGUCAUCACGACGUACGGGGUGCUGGCGUCGGAGUGCGGGCAGGAGAACUUUCUGGAGGACGGUCCGGUGCAUUCCGUGCACUGGUUCAGGGUUGUGCUGGACGAGGCGCACAGUAUCAAGGCGAGCAAGACGCAUUCCGCGAAGGGCGUGUUUCACCUGACGGCGGACCGGCGGUGGUGUCUGACGGGAACGCCGAUCCAGAACAAGCUGGAGGACAUCUUCAGCCUGCUGCACUUUCUCAGGGUGGAGCCGUGGGCGAACUGGGGUUGGUGGAACAAGCUAAUCCAGCGGCCGUACGAGGAGGGCGACGAGCGAAGCCUGAAGCUCCUACAGGCGAUCCUGAAGCCGCUCAUGCUGCGGCGCACCAAAGACACCACCGACAAGGACGGCAACCCCAUCCUAGUUCUCCCCCCCGCCGACAUGGCGGUCGUCGAGUGCGAGUUCAACGCAGAGGAGCGCGACUUUUACGACGCCCUCUACACCAAGUCCAAGCGCAAGUUCGACAGCUUCGUGGAGGCGGGCAAGGUGCUGCACAACUACGCCUCCAUCUUGGAACUGCUCCUACGGCUGCGCCAGUGCUGCGACCACCCGUUCCUGGUCCUGAGCCGCGGCGACACGUCCGACUACUCCGACCUCGACAAGCUCGCCACGCGUUUCCUCAAGGGCCCCCCCAAACCGCGCAACCCCCCCCGCUCGCCGUCGCCAAUUCCCACCAACGGCCCGGAGGGAUCCCCCGAGCCUGAGGCGGCCGCUGUGAAUAGGCCCUCCAAGGCCUACAUCACGAACCUGCUGGAGGAGUUGAAAGCGAAGGGGGGGAAGGUCGAGUGUCCGAUUUGCAUAGACAGUGCGGAGGACGGGGUAUUAACACCGUGCGGGCACGCCAUGUGCCGGGAGUGUCUGUUCAACUGUUGGCGGUCACCCGCGGGGGGGCUGUGCCCCGUCUGCAGGCAACCGGUGCAGCGCCCCGAGCUGAUCACUCUGCCGAGCGACAGCCGGUUCCAGAUCGACGUGGAGGCGCAGUGGCAGGAGAGCGCCAAGGUGCGCGCGCUCUUCGCGCACCUCGAGGAGCUGCGGCCACGUGGCGAGAAGAGCAUCGUGUUCAGCCAGUGGACCGCCUUCCUGGACCUCCUCGAGAUCCCGCUCAAAAGGCGGAAGUUCGUGUACGUGCGCUUGGACGGCACGCUGUCGCAGCCGCAGCGCGAGAAGGCGAUCAAGGACUUCACCGACCGGCCUGACGUGGGGGUGAUGCUCAUUUCGCUCAAAGCGGGGGGCGUGGGAAUCAACCUUACGGCGGCAAGCAAUGCUUUCCUCCUGGACCCUUGGUGGAACCCCGCGGUGGAAGAACAGGCGAUCAUGCGCGUGCACCGGAUUGGGCAGACGAAGAACGUCACGAUCCGGCGGUUCAUUGUCAAGGGUUCCGUUGAGGAGCGCAUGCAGCAGGUCCAAGCACGGAAGCAGAAAAUGGUGAACGGCGCGCUCACUGAUCAGGAGAUGAAGUCCGCUCGGAUAGAGGAUCUGAAAAUGCUGUUCAGGUAGAGUGAGCCCAAGCGACGAGGUCACACUGAUUGUGCUAAAACGUGCAGCCACUUAUUUUAACAGCCACAAACAUGCCCUCCGAACGACAUGUGGUCGUUCCAGGGGAAGUUGCUGCUCCUAAGGCCCGCCUGAUCUUUUGGCUCGUCGGUCUCACCCAGCUAUGGUCAACGACCAUGAUUCAGACUUCUUGUUGGUCACUGCUCGACGACUGUUACGCAUACAAGGACGUCCGAGCUCUCGGAGCUCACACUCCUCAUAGCGUCUUGUCUUUACAUUUUCUGCUUAUACGACUAGUCACGUUUGAUCUGAGAUCCGGGAAAGGCAAAUCACGUGCUUAACUAUUUCAUUAGACUAAACUUUUACCGGAGCAGAGAGCCGGGCUUGUUUCAACAUGCGAUUGGACCCG